AUGUGGCGCGACCGCACAAACCUCUACAUCUCCUACCGGCAGUCGUACGCUCAUCAUCCCAACCAACGAUCCAAAUAUGCCCAGGGCGGCUUCUCGGACGCCUACUCGAGCAGCAGCUUUGCGCACGAAGACCGGCGCGGGCUGCUCUCGAGCGGCGCAUUCGAAGAUGAUGGCGACGCUGUAAUCGAGAUGGACCUGCUGCCGCCGCGGUGGUCGGACAUCUCGGACGACAUCACAGAGCUGCUCGCCGAGAUUGCCACAAAGAGCCAGCGCCUCGACAAGCUGCACCAGACGCAUGUGCUCCCGGGCUUCGACGAUGACGAGACCAAGCGGGCCGAGGAGGUGCAGAUCGAGAGGCUCACCCAAGACAUCACAAAGGGCUUCCACCAGUGUCACCAGCGGAUUCAGAAGCUCGAGGGCAUGGUUCGCGAGUCGAAGCAGUCCGACAGCAUCAGCAGAGCCGAGGAGACAAUGGCGAAGAACAUACAGAUUUCCCUUGCCACAAGGGUCCAAGAAGCGAGUGCAAACUUUAGAAAGAAGCAGAGCGCAUAUCUCAAGAAACUCCGCGGAAUGGGUGGCCUCGGCGCAAUCAGUCCCAUUGACCGUCCAACAUCGCCAAUGCCGGGCUCUUCUUACAUGGACCCGUCACUCCAAGAAUCAGAUGCCGACCGCUCCUUCUCCCAAUCAACGCUACAGGUUGCCAUGCAGCAAAAGACGCUGCACUCAAACGACACCGCCAUCGCCCAGCGAGAGCGAGAAAUCGAAGAAAUCGCACAAGGUAUCAUCGAGCUGUCCGACCUUUUCCGAGAUCUCCAGACCAUGAUCAUUGACCAGGGCACCAUGCUGGACCGAAUCGACUACAAUGUUGAGCGCAUGAACACAGAAGUCAAAGCUGCCGAUAAAGAGCUGAUAAUAGCCUCUGGCUACCAGAAAAGGAGCAUCAAGAGGAAGAUUAUACUCUUGCUGCUGCUAGUGGUUGCGGGCCUGUUCAUUCUGCUGUUGGUCAAACCUAAGAAGAAUAGGGAUUAG